UUUUUUUUAUUCUUGUGAAGCAGAGAAAAAGCUCUGCUGCAUCUUCUCUACUCACUCGCAGCACUUUGCGAUUUUAUCUUCCCAAAUUUCUCAGUAAAUUGAAAUCUUUCAAGCAAGUCUCACCAGUGCUACUCCCAGUGCAUUUUUGGUUUCUACUCUUACCUUUUUACUCUCAUUGUCUGAAGUCACUGAAUCAGAACUCUCUUCUGCGCCUGAGAUCUCUCACUCUGUCUCAGUCUUCUCUGAGAAUCUGAAGUUUUCUCCCGAGAAUCUAACUUUUUGUAAGCAACAAUGGCCCAAAAGGUAUCUCCAUCCAUGCAGUCUCUUAAAUCUUUGCCCGCAGACUACAGAUUUGAUGGUGAAAAUUCUAGUUUUGGCUUGACCAAUUCUAGUAUUCCAAGACAAGGUGGUUUAAGGAAUGGUGUUAGUCAAGCUGAUACUGCAGCUGGAGAUAGUGAUGAUUCACCAUAUAGUAGUAGGCAUGGUGUUUCUGUUGAAGAGCAGUCUUUAACUGAUGAUGUGGAGCCUGGUGCUGCUACAAUGCCCUUACCUCAGAAUGAUGAACGCAGGUGGAGCGACACUAGUGCAUAUGCAAGGAAGAAGAUACUGCAAUCUUGGGUUCAACUUCCAAAUGGUAACUGGGAGCUUGGGAAGAUACUGUCAACUUCAGGAGAAGAGUCUGUUAUCUCUUUGCCUGAGGGAAAAGUUAUGAAAGUUAUAUCAGAGACUCUGGUACCUGCAAAUCCUGAUAUUCUUGAUGGAGUGGAUGAUCUAAUGCAACUAAGUUACUUAAAUGAGCCAUCAGUGUUGUACAAUCUCAACUAUAGGUACAACCAAGACAUGAUAUAUACAAAAGCAGGGCCAGUUUUGGUGGCUGUGAAUCCUUUCAAGGAGGUUCCUUUGUAUGGAAAUCGAUACAUAGAAGCAUACAGGAAGAAAUCAAAUGAAAGUCCUCAUGUGUAUGCAAUUGCAGAUACAGCAAUUCGUGAAAUGAUACGCGAUGAGGUUAACCAAUCUAUCAUUAUCAGCGGCGAGAGUGGAGCAGGGAAAACUGAGACAGCUAAGAUAGCUAUGCAAUACUUGGCUGCUCUUGGAGGUGGAAGCGGGAUUGAAUAUGAGAUACUUAAGACUAAUCCCAUUUUGGAAGCAUUUGGAAAUGCAAAAACUUUGAGAAAUGAUAACUCUAGUCGUUUUGGAAAGCUGAUAGAGAUUCAUUUUAGUGAAAGCGGAAAGAUAUCGGGUGCUCAAGUUCAAACCUUCUUACUAGAAAAGUCUAGAGUGGUCCAAUGUGCUGAAGGAGAAAGGUCAUACCAUAUAUUUUACCAACUUUGUGCUGGGGCUUCACCUGCACUUAGAGAGAAGCUAAAUCUGACAAGCGCACAUGAGUACAAAUAUUUGGGACAGAGUAAUUGUUAUUCAAUCAAUGGAGUUGAUGAUGCUGAACGUUUUCAUAGUGUUAAGGUAAUUCUCUCUUUCACUAGGAGACUUUCUUAUUCCUCUUCUCUACUCAUUUCAGAAUUCUAUUUUGUCUCUCUCUCGAUUGAUUUAAAGACUUUGAUGUUACAGGAAGCUCUGGACAUUGUUCAUGUUAGUAAAGAAGAUCAAGAAAGUGUGUUCGCAAUGCUUGCUGCAGUGUUAUGGCUGGGGAAUGUUUCCUUCACCGUUAUUGACAAUGAAAACCAUGUUGAGCCUGUGGCAGAUGAAAGUUUGUCAACUGUUGCUAAAUUAAUUGGGUGCAACAUCAAUGAGCUUAAGCUAAGUUUAUCGAAACGUAACAUGAGAGUUGGAAAAGAUACCAUUGUGCAGAAGCUAACACUACCGCAGGCCAUUGAUGCAAGAGAUGCUUUAGCAAAAUCGGUUUAUUCGUGCCUGUUUGACUGGCUGGUUGAACAGAUCAACGAGUCUCUUGCAGUGGGGAAGAGGCGAACUGGCAGAUCCAUCAGCAUUCUUGAUAUCUAUGGCUUCGAAUCAUUUGAUAAAAAUAGUUUUGAGCAGUUCUGUAUAAAUUAUGCAAAUGAGAGAUUACAGCAACACUUUAACCGUCAUCUAUUCAAGCUGGAGCAAGAGGAAUAUAUCCAGGAUGGUAUCGACUGGACAAGGGUUGAUUUUGAAGACAACCAAGAUUGUCUCAGUCUCUUUGAAAAGAAACCAUUGGGGCUGCUUUCUCUUUUGGACGAGGAAUCAACAUUUCCGAAUGGCACAGAUCUGACACUUGCAAACAAGUUAAAACAGCAUCUUCACUCUAAUUCAUGUUUCAGAGGAGAUCGAGAGAAGCUUUUCACAGUUGUGCAUUAUGCAGGAGAGGUUACAUAUGACACAACAGGAUUUCUAGAGAAGAACAGAGACCUGUUGCACUUGGAUUCUAUUCAGCUUUUGUCCUCUUGCUCCUGCCACCUUCCUCGAGCGUUUGCUUCUAGCAUGCUGAUCCAAUCUGAAAAACCUGUAGUCGGUCCUUUGUACAAAGCAGGUGGUGCUGAUUCCCAGCGGUUGAGUGUAGCUACCAAAUUUAAGGGUCAACUAUUCCAAUUGAUGCAACGUUUAGGGAACACUACCCCACAUUUCAUUCGUUGCAUCAAGCCAAAUAACGUUCAGUCUCCAGGGUUGUAUGAGCAAGGACUUGUCUUACAGCAGCUAAGAUGUUGUGGGGUCUUAGAAGUUGUUCGAAUCUCACGGUCUGGAUUUCCUACAAGAGUGUCUCAUCAGAAAUUUGCCAGAAGGUAUGGUUUCCUUCUGGUGGAGAACAUUGCUGAUAAAGAUCCUCUAAGUGUCUCAGUUGCGAUCCUCCAUCAGUUCAAUAUCUUGCCGGAGAUGUACCAAGUUGGCUACACGAAGUUGUUUUUCAGAACCGGCCAGAUUGGGGUUCUUGAAGAUACAAGGAACCGUACACUCCAUGGCAUUUUACGUGUACAAAGCUCUUUUAGAGGAUACCAAGCACGUUGUCACCUGAAGAAGCUUAAAAUGGGAAUUUCUAUUCUCCAGUCAUUUGUUCGUGGAGAUAAAGUAAGAAAGGAGUUUGCCGAGUUACGAAGGAGGCAUAGGGCUGCAGCUACUAUACAAAGCCAAGUUAAAAGCAAGAUUGCUAGGAAACAGUAUAAGGGCAUAACAGAAGCUUCUCUUGUGAUACAAUCAGCAAUUCGUGGUUGGUUGGUUAGAAGAUGCUCAGGGGACAUUGGAUGGUUAAAAUCUGGAGGCACUAAGACAAAUGAGUCAGGCGAGGUGCUAGUAAAGGCAUCUGUACUUUCCGACCUUCAACGCAGGGUACUCAAAUCGGAAGCUGCUCUGCGUGAGAAAGAAGAGGAGAACGACAUUCUUCAGCAGAGGCUUCAACAGUACGAGAACCGUUGGUCAGAGUACGAGACAAAGAUGAAAUCAAUGGAAGAAAUCUGGCAGAAGCAAAUGCGGUCAUUGCAAUCUAGCCUCUCCAUAGCAAAGAAAAGCCUAGCGGUCGAGGACUCUGCUAGAAACUCGGAUGCAUCGGUCAAUGCAAGCGACGCAACGGAUUGGGAUUCAAGCAGUAAUCAGUUCAAGAGUCAGGCAAGCAACGGAGGAGGGGGGAGACAACAACAACAGCCUAUGAGUGCUGGUCUUAGUGUGAUUGGACGGUUGGCGGAGGAGUUUGAACAGAGAGCUCAAGUUUUUGGUGAUGAUGCUAAGUUCUUGGUGGAAGUGAAGUCUGGUCAGGUGGAAGCAAACUUGAACCCGGAGAGAGAGCUGAGGAGGUUGAAACAGAUGUUUGAGACGUGGAAGAAGGAUUAUGGAGGGAGGUUGAGGGAAACGAAGAUGAUACUGAGCAAACUUGGGAGUGAAGAGAGUGGCGGUUCGAUGGAGAAGGUGAAGAGGAAGUGGUGGGGAAGGAGGAAUAGCACUAGGUAUUGAUUGUUCUGGGAUGGAAGUGAAGACUAUUAUUCUUACAGGCAAACUCUGGUCGUUUGCUGUUAAGGAUUUGGCUCGUUUAUUGUCUUUUUUUUUCUGGUAAUGAAAGUAGUUAAUGAUAUUUGCUAUUCAAUGUGAAGGAUCAUACAAAUGAUAACUUUUGUAAAUUACUUUUGUAGUUUUAAUAUAAUAUCCAAAGCUAAGUUUGUGAA